ACAUGGCGAGACAAUAGGCUGGCGGACAACAAACAAAAGAGCAGUCAACCUCAUCUGAGCAGUCGGAACUCGGGAGGCGCCAGUAUCCGUAAUCUGAUUGACAAAGAGCUGAGACGACAGGUCAAGCACAAGUAGGAAUGCGCCAAUGACGGCCUAGGAAUCGCGCAAUGCCGACCUUGCUAGCACCGCAUUUUCCUCAUUACGUACAAAUGGAGCCAAGCAAACGUCCCAGACGACCGCCAUGCCGUCAUCAAGCGAACCAACUGGCGUUCCGUACUGCUCAUAAGCCAACGUUUCCCCUCCCUCUCCGAAGUGGGCAUCUCCGCGGAGGAGCCUGCAAAUCCCCAAAUUUGCGCCCAAGAAGCUUGUUAUUGCGUUUGCGGUCUGGCCGUCUCCAAAGGAACUCGGGUUUCUGCGUAACACACCACAAAGAGCCAAGAGAAAGAAGCAGCCAGCUUGAGAGCGAGCUCAGCUCAAGGGACAAGCGCCACUGGCCCCCCAGCUGCUCCAGCCUACAGAUGCUGCUGCUGCUAAUGCAAACAGCCCCCGCUUCGUUGCCGUCAAAUCUGCGGGUUUUGCGGGGAAGUUGGCCCAUGCCUCGUAGGGCACCGUUGUGCGCCAGCUCCCUCGUCGGCAACGUCACGCCCUUGACCGAAGAGUGUAUGGAGACGAAGCCGACGAGACGUACACAUGUAGGACCCAAACACGCCCUAGAUGGCUCUCGCCGUCGUCGAAGACGACAUUGUUGGGAUUGCAAACGCACGUCGCCGCCGGCCACUUCCACCGGCCCACCAAAUUUACGUUAUAGUAUUUACCAGUGUGUCGACCGCCUAGAGAACCCCUCAUCGAGUUUGCAGGGUCCAAUUCCCCGGAGGACGGCCGCUCAUCGCACACCAUCGGUCCAGCCAGGUGUUUAGAUAUUGGCGCGGGCCUGAAGGAGAAGGAAAAUCCGGGGUCUAUUGUGAAUUGCUGUUCAACGCCGACCUCGCGUCUAUUUUCAAGUCACCUGAGCCGACCUUUUUUUGACAUCCCUGCCAGCUAGCCAGAUCCAUCCGGGCAAUGGACUGCUAUCCCCCACGGGCCCAUCUUAGUUGUGGGCACCGAUAUCGCGUGUUGAGGAGAGAAAACUUCACGAGGUCCAGUUGACACCUAAGCGAGCCAGUUACUGCACUGGGGCCGGAGGUACUAGAGGGGCUUUGUACCCAAGAGGAGGAGCUUCUUUUGGGGGAGCUCGCGGAG